AUGACUCUAGAUUCACGAGAUGACUUUAGUGAACAAAACAGUCCUGAUGUCUUGAGUAACACCACAGUGCCCAAUGCCCCCCAGGCCAACAGCGACUCUAUGGUGGGCUAUGUGUUGGGCCCUUUCUUCCUCAUCACCCUGAUCGGGGUGGUGGUGGCUGUGGUAAUGUAUGUCCAGAAGAAAAAGCGGGGGGACAGGUUUCACCAUCACCUGCUCCCCAUGUACAGCUAUGACCCCACUGAGGAGCUGCAUGAGGCUGAGCAGGAGCUACUCUCUGACGUGGGAGACCCAAAGGUGGUGCACGGCUGGCAGAGUGGCUACCAGCACAAGUGGAUGCCCUUGCUGGACCUGACACUCUCACCUUCAGAACCAUGGGGUCCUGCCGCCUGCUGCUUCCCCUCCCACCUGCCCACCGAGCCCCCUGCUGGGCACCGGGUCUCCACUCCUCCUACCCAUCCCCCUCCAUCUAAGGAUGGUGAAAGUCCAGCAAGCCUCACAGUAAAUGAUAUAUUUGGCACUCUUAAGUUUCCAAAUUACUCAUUUAGCAACUAUAACUCUAUGCCUACUCACUACAAUGAUGUAUAA